AUGGCCGAGGUCGACCAUGAGGUUGUGAUCGCCGCCGAUCACGAGGAUUCUGAAGAUAGCCAAUCGGAGAGUGGUCAAACUGCUUCCUCGACUAGCAGUCUUAACAGCUCCAUUCAUCAGCACCGGCUCGAGAACGGAAGAACCUACCACCGAUACAAGGACGGCAAAUAUUAUGCCCCCAACGAUGAAGCAGAGAGCGAGAGGCUAGACUUUCAACACGACAUCUUCCUUUACACCAUCGAUGACAAGCUCGGCCUAGCACCACCGUGCGCCGAGGACGCCAAGGUCGGCCGGGUUCUCGACGUCGGAACUGGCACCGGCAGCUGGGCCAUGGACUUUGGUGACUUGCAUCCCGAGGCCGAGGUCAUAGGUGUCGACCUCUCCCCUGCCCGGGCAGAAUUUGUUCCCCCAAACGUACGAUUCGAGGUUGACGACCUUGAGGAAGAGUGGACGUAUUCACUGCCCUUUGAAUACAUUCACAGCCGCUUCAUGACAGCAAGCAUCAACAACUGGAAGGAGUAUAUUCAGAAAUGUUAUGACAACCUGAUUCCCGGUGGAUACCUCGAGCUUCAGGAUGCCGAUGUCAUGCCGCGUUCUGAUGACAACCUCCUUCCAAAAGAUGCCGCCAUCAUCAAAUACGUUGAUAUGCUCAAGGAAGCAUCCGAAAAGUCGGGCCGCGAGUAUGUUGAGGUCUCAUCGCUGAAGAACCUAAUGAUCGAGGCCGGCUUCGUCGAUGUCGAGAUGCAGAUGUACAAGUGGCCGCACAAUGAAUGGCCCAAGGAGCCGAGGUACAAGAAGCUCGGGUACUGGACCCAGGAGAACUUCGGCGCCGCCCUCGAAGCUAUCUGCAUGGCGCCGUUCACUCGCGUCCUCGAUUGGACCCGUGACGAGGUCAAUGUUUUCCUAAUCGACGUUCGAAAAGACCUGAAGAACAAGAGCUACCACGCGUACUGCCCUGUCUAUUGCAUCUUCGGCCGCAAGCCCGAGAAGGAGGUCACCACGGCGCCUCCGCAGCCGGAGUCCGAGUGA